AUGAAUGCAAUGGGACUACCGGAUCCAGUUCAGGAUAAGGCCGAAGCUUUUAUCGUCUCUCGUAAAGAGUGUAUUCUUGCUGGAGUAUUGGGAAAACCGGAGGACAUCGCAGAAUUGAUUGUAUUCCUGGCUGAUCGUAAACGUGCAUCCUAUAUCAUCGGACAAUCGAUUGUGGUUGAUGGUGGAUCUUCUUUAGUGGCGGGAAUGCAUGCUCAUGAUCUGAAAGAUAUGUUGGAACUAUGA